UUGUAUAACCAACUAAAAUUGUAGUCAAUUGUAGUCUUCUGCUUGUUAAUUAUUGAAGAAACUACCUGCGCUAUUAUUAAUGUUAAAACGGUCUUUUGACGUAGUACAAGUGAGCCAAUGAAUUAACUUAUUGAUUUUGAGGUUAACCUAAAUUUAUAGAAUUUUGUAGUAGCCCAACUUGAAGUAUGUUGAGAAGAAAACCACUGUGGACGAAAAGUUUAAUAGGAAAAGUAAUUGAAUUUACUAAACGCAAUGCAUCCUCAGUUGCAUCUGUUGGCACGGGCGAAGAGAUUGAAAAAAACUGGAGAAGCGAAUUAAAACAUACAAUGAGGAUACAUCUUGAUUUUAUUUCACCAGAGGAGGAAGAGUCGUUAUUUCAGGAAGUGGAACCGUACAUGAAACGUCUUCGAUACGAGUUCGAUCAUUGGGAUGAUGCAAUUCAUGGUUAUCGUGAAACUGAACGUGCUAAAUGGAAUGCGGACAAUGUCAAGAUCAUCGAAAGAGUAAGAAAAGUAGCUUUUCCACCCAACAUGCCUCAACUUGGAUUAGUACACGUCUUGGAUUUGGCAGCCGAUGGACAAAUAAAACCUCACGUCGAUAGCACAAGGUUUUGUGGUGACAUUAUUGCUGGUAUUAGUUUACUGAGUGAUUGCGUGAUGAGGCUUACAAUGGUCGGGCAUGAAGAAAAAUGUAGAGAAGACUUUCUUUUACCAAGGAGAUCUAUGUACAUAAUGAGUGGAUUAGCGAGACAGAAGUUUAACCAUGAAGUAUUGGGGCCUAAAGAUUCAAUGUUCGAUGGAAAAGAAGUACCUCGAUCUCGACGUAUAUCCAUAAUAUGUAGAAGUGAACCGGACAGUGAAACCAGCUAGUACAGUUUAGUCGAGUACAAGGGUUUCUGUAAAUAAUGUAAAAUUGACUUGUACAGUAGACUAAGAGCUGUGUCGAGAUGUAUAUAAAUUGUUGCAUGUAAUUCGUGUAUUACACACCAAUUUAUUCGCGCAGCACAUGGCGAAUAAAGUAAUAUACAGAAUUUUA